AUGGAAUUUGUGUUUAGGAAAUCGGUCGAGAGAUAUUUCAGAUGUGCCAAUAAAGAUUGGGCGUUAGCGUCCGAUCUUUGGGUAACGUUUGAGGUGUCGUCUUCGUCUUCGGAGAUGCACGAUGUUGAAGCUGGAGCUGGGGGACCACCCAUUGUGAUCAUCGGGAUGGGCGUGGACAUGUGUAGCUCGUCGUCGCGA